AUGGAGAACAUCAUACAUAUUGUUGAUUCUCGGGAUAAAGGAAUCAUGGACUAUGCUAUUCCUGUUUUUAGUCAUUUAAAUUCAGGAAUACUAAGGCCACAAAUUAAGGCAACUCACUUUGAGCUCACACCUGUCAUGUUUCAGAUGUUGCAGACUAAUGGCCAGUUCAGUGUUGGGAUACAUGAAACAGAUGCAUAUAAUGCAUUUACAACACAACUCACAUCUAUAACUGACAUGAUUGAGAAUAUGAAUGUUAGCCCAGAUGUGCGAACUGUUGAUGCAACAUCGUAUCCUACUGUCAAUUCUAUAGCAUGGUGGCGCCAAGAGGUGGUGAUCUCAGCUCCAUCAGCUGAUGCACCUGUGUUUGUUGUAGGAGUAAAUGAGACCACAUACAAGCCAAGCAUGGAUAUUAUAUCCAAUCCAAGCUGCACCAUUAUCUACUUGGCUCCUUUGGCUAAGGUACCAUUCUUUUGA